UCUGUAACUGUAAUUGAACAAAUGGAAUGAGUUUCGUUCCAUGAUUUGGAGAAUAUAUUAUGUGAUUAUUAAAUAGAGAUGGGGAUAUAUCGAGAGUAAGGUGGACGUCUCUAAAGCGAUCAGGAUUAUAUGAGGGACCACUGCUCUUUAUUCCCACCUCCUCCUUCAUCUUCUCUCGUCCCUCACUUCUUCACCUUUGAGGAGUAAGCCGAAGCUCUCCUCCCCCUCACUCACUCUCUCUCUCUAUCUCUCUUUCUAAAUCCCCAGAUAUCGGCUGAGAGGGCAAUGCGCAGAUCCCUUUUCUUAUACCUCAGCAAAUAGAUAUGUAAUACUGCUGUGGGGUUGAGAAAUAAGAGAGAGAAAGAGUUAGAGGAAUGGACCACUUUCUGGUUGCUUUCCUUAUGGCCGUGAUUUCAUUCCUUGGAGGAGCAGCAGGCUCCACAUUCACCAUCAUAAACAACUGCGACUACACUGUGUGGCCCGGCAUCCUCUCCAACGCCGGGAGUGCGAAACUGUCGACCACUGGCUUUGAACUGCAGAAAGGGCAAUUCCAAACCCUGCAACCGCCCGCAGGCUGGUCGGGCCGCUUCUGGGGCCGCACAGGCUGCACCUUCGACUCAUCUGGCAGAGGCUCCUGUGCAACUGGCGACUGCGGCUCCAACCAAAUAGAAUGCAAUGGUGCUGGCGCUGCCCCUCCCGCAACUUUAGCCGAGUUCACUCUCGGCGUGGAGACCCAAGAUUUCUACGACGUGAGUCUCGUGGACGGCUACAAUUUGCCGAUGAUCGUCGAGGGCAAUUCUGGCGGUUCUGCCUGCGCGGCCACCGGUUGCCUGGCGGAUCUCAACGAGCGGUGCCCUGCGGAGCUGAGGGUGGCGAGUGAGGAGGGGAAUGUGGCGUGCAAGAGCGCGUGCGAGGCGUUUCGCCGGCCGGAGUUUUGCUGCAGCGGCAUGUUUGCGACGCCGGAUACGUGCAAGCCGUCUUAUUACUCGGAGUUGUUCAAGACGGCCUGUCCGAGGUCGUACAGCUAUGCCUAUGAUGAUGCGACCAGCACCUUUACCUGCACCGGCGGGGACUACACUAUUACCUUCUGUCCCACUACUUCCAGUCAGAAGGCCUCAAAGGACCCCUCGCCACAGUCGACAGAAACAGACACAGGAACGGUAACGGUAACAGGAGGUGGAGAAGCAGGCGUCAUGCUAGGCGACGAGUCUUGGAUCGAAAGCAUGUCCACCUCUGGUGCUCCCGCGCCCACCACACUAUUCUGGGGUUACCCUGCAUUUCUCCAUACUUUCUCAAUUAUUGUUUCUCUCUCUAUCUUCCUCCAACUCUUGUAGUUUUAGAGAGAGAAAGUUGGAGAGAGAGUCCCAAUCGAGUAAAAGCGACUCCAUCUUAUCUCAAUUCUCCACCUCGAAUAUUUUCCCAUUUAUGUUAAGAGAGAGAGAGAGAGAGAGAGAGAAAGAGGGAUUGAAGAUAACAAUCGAUGAGUUAAUUCAUAGCAUGCUUUCGGCUGUGUAACGACAAAGGCGUCACAAACUCAACUCUAAACCCUCCAUUCAAGCCAUGAACGGUGGUGAUGAUGAUGAUAAUGGUGAUAAAUUGACUUGCAAUGGAUUGAUCUGCUCUGUGUGGACGGUGUUGAUGGAUCUGAUUGGAUUCAUGAAAGGGAUUGGAGACUUAGAGUUAAAUUCAUCUCUCUUUUUCUCUCUAAAGAGAUGGUAAGUUAAAUGUGAUGUAUUAUGAGAAAUAUAGUAAAAGAGUGAGUAGGAGGAGGGGGGUAGAGAUUUCUAACUCACCUACCAAACAGGGGAAAAUGGGAAGCAUGCGAAACCCUAUUCAUAACGAUGAUUAUAUUGUAUGAUAAUAAAAAGCCUGGCUCCUCUGCUCAACUUCCCUUUUGCUUUUUGGGAUU